CAAAUGUUCUUAUUGUCCAGCUAAGUGGUCAAGAGGUGAACUACAAAAACUUGAAGCCCAUCUUGCAUUAGAGUGUCCUAAUGUAGAUAAUGAGAUUUGGCAAAUAUAUUUACUUCAACAGUCAGAAAACAUAACUGGUUUAAAAAAACAGAAGUUAAACAAUCAGCCUAAUCUUACAAAAUAUUUCCUACAAAAAGCAGAAAAUUUAUCUGAAGAGCGAAUAAGCUCUAUAAAUGGCUCAUUACUAAAAGCAUUUGUGGUCUGUGCUUUAGAUGGGUGGACAUCGUCUAAUAGAAGUUCUAUUUACAGUUUUAUGAUUUUGACACCUAUGCAUAUUAAGUUCUUAUAUUCAUUGAAAGAUUUUUCAGCAAAUUCACAUACUGCAGGAUUUCUUGCAGAUGAAAUCAAUAUAAUUUUAAAUGAAAUUGGGUCCAACAAAUUUGCAGCAAUUGUGACAGAUAAUGCUAGUAAUGUUAAGCUUGCAUGGCAAAUUAUUCACAAAAAGCAUCCAAAUAUUUUAAGUUUGAAUUGUAUUGCACACUGUAUUAACCUUAUAUCAAAGGAUAUUCUUA